AGAAGUGACGCACGUUUUCACGGAUUAAAUCCAUAAUAUCCCUCGAAAAUGAGGGAGGAAAGAGUGAACAUUGAUGGACCUUUAUGGGAUCUUAACACCUUCGUUGGAAGAUGGAAACAUUUCGCUUGGGUGACAGAUUUUCGCACAUGUGUAACUCCUGAAUCGAAAUUACUCGAAGCAAAAAAGUUAUGCGAGGAUUAUAAACUUGGGAAGGAGCCAGCUGGUACAACCUGGGAGCAAAUCAUCUAUGCUAAGAAGCUUUACGAGUCGGCCUUUCAUCCCGACACCGGUGACCUGCAAAAUGUCUUUGGCAGAAUGUCCUUCCAAGUGCCAGGUGGAAUGGCUAUCACUGGUGUUAUGCUUCAAUUCUAUAGAACGACCACAGCUGUGGUAUUUUGGCAAUGGGUGAACCAGUCGUUCAACGCAUUAGUGAACUACACGAAUAGAAAUGCCAACAGUCCCACAACAGUCAAUCAAUUAGCGGUUGCAUAUAUCAGUGCUACCUCAGCAGCUAUGAUAACUGCGAUAGGAUGCAAGUCGUUUUGGGCAAAACGGGCAAAUCCGCUUAUGGCGCGUUAUGUGCCAUUCGCUGCAGUAGCUGCUGCAAACUGUGUGAACAUUCCUUUAAUGCGUCAGAAUGAAAUCACAAAAGCGAUUGAAAUUAGUGAUGAAAACGGCAAUAAAUUGACAAAAUCAAAACUUGCGGCAGUUAAAGGUAUCAGUCAAGUAGUCAUUUCGAGAAUUGUUAUGUGUGCACCCGGCAUGUUAAUUCUACCGCUUAUUAUGGAAAGACUAGAAAAAUAUGCUUGGAUGCAAAAAAUCAAACCUCUUCAUGGACCCAUACAAGUUUUAUUAGUUGGCUGUUUUCUAACAUUCAUGGUGCCUACAGCAUGCGCAUUAUUCCCACAAAACUGCUCAAUUAAAUCAAGUACUUUGGAACGCUGGGAGCCCGAGAAUUAUGAACUUUUAAAAAAGAAUUGUAAAAAUAGAGAAAUACCCAUAUACUUAUAUUUUAACAAGGGUUUAUAAUGCACGAAGAUUGUAGUAAUAAAAGAUCAUCAAAGGGUAUUUUUUAUGACCCUGUAUAAGAUAGCAAGUUAAUUAAUAAUGGAAUUGAAAAAGAUUUUACAUAUUAUAAAUCAUCGGAAUCGUAGUUUUCUGCUGGUUCAGAGGAUAAUAACUCGUUCCGAAAAGAACAAUAUGUACGACAAUAUUGCAUUUGAAAUAAUUUUUAUUUUAUAUAGCAAUACAAUUUAUUUAUAAGUUUUAUUAUAUAUAUGUAUCAUGCAUUUAUUGUUCAUUUUUACAUUUUUAUCAAUAAUGAUUAUGCCUUAAUAUAGAUAAUGAAAACUAUCAUUAACUAUUUUCUUAUAUGCAAAACAUUUCGAAUGGCGAUAAUUUUUGUUUCCAUUAAAUUAUAGAAAUACGAUCAAUAAUUUUAUUCAUUUAAAUAAAUAUAUGUAUAUAAUAAUGAUUUAAAAUAUCAUAAUUAUAAAUUAUAUUGUUAAAUUCUGCGUUUUAGAACUUAAAUAUUUGUCCAUAUUUUAUUGUUUUAUUGUUAUUACCUUCUUAAACUGUUAAACGUUACAAAAAAUGCUGCCACAUAUGUAUAUUUUAGUAAUACUAUAAUAAACAUUCUGGAAA